AUGGACAUUCUGUCGGAUGAAUUACCAGAAGAAAUCUUACCCUUGUUAGACUGGUUUGAAGAAAAUUAUAUAGGUAGAGUUCAUAGAAAUCGACGUCGAAAUGCACGUUUUCCUCCAAAUCUGUGGAAUGUCCACGUACGAGUUUUAAAUAAAAAUGAUAGAACUAAUAAUUAUGCCGAAGCCGCUAAUAGACGACUCAAUGUUCAAAUGGGGGUUACUUAUCCAACACUAUGGGCUUUUAUAUCUUGCUUAAGAAAAAUACAAAGUGGUCGAGAUACUUUUUGUUGCCAAUUAGAAGCUGGUAAAAGCCCACCGAAGAAACAAAAAAGAAAUCCUUAA